CCUGGUGAUGCGGUGGCUAGAGCUAACCGGCCGAAGUACUCGUGGUCCAUAUUGCAUGUUUUUGCGAUGCAGUCAUGUCCCUGGAAGUCCUAAGUCAGCGUCAUGAUUCUAUGUUUUCUUUUUCUUAACUCUCCGCAGGCGGUUGAAGCUGACCCUGAAGAAAUUUGUAUAAAAGUCUCGACCGCAAACAAAUUGAUAAGAGAUGUUUCUCUCAUACAAGCUCACCAGCAGUGAACCAACCUUCGUUCACACCGUAAAUAAUAUAAUUUUACCCACCACCUAUUAGGUACUUGCGGAAGUUGUUAGCAAGGCAAUUGUGUUUCCUUAUUGAGGGGCUGUUUCAUAGUUCGCAGUUCUCUCCUCCAUUCUUCUGGGCAUGAACAGUUAGUUGUAUUUCAUUCGCUCGACUCUCUUCUCAUCUCAUACCUUUUUCCGCUCUACUUAUCCUUUGCGAGAUCCCCAAUGCGAAGUACAGAUUUGUUCAACUUAUUAACUUCCUGGACUGCCGAGCCGCUCCCAUCGCAACUUACCGUGAAACCUUCGCCCGAAGUUUCGCCUUACGUAAAGCGUUUGCUUCCUUAUUUGUGUCGAGGUUCUUCGAACAAACCAUCUUUCCACCUCUAUCAUCUGUUCCGGUCCCAAUCGGCAAGAAACAAAUGGUACAAUGUCGAACUGGAAAUGGGAAAAGACAAAAGUGUAUCCGAAGCGCGGGUUUGAUAAGCCCUACAAAACCAUUGACCAGCCCGGUCCGCCGGUUAAUCGUCUCUCGAACAAGCUCGGUGCGGAGGCAUUCUGGCCCACGACUCUAGAUAAGGAAAGUGAUAAGGCGGCUCGAAUAUUGCGAAGUUUUUGUAAGGAUGGGUUCUACGCGGAGAUUAACAAAGAGAGUGAGGAGGCAAAUGGAACGGAUUCGCGUGCGAGCUCAGAAGAUCGGGCUAACGAAUAUAAGAAUACUGAUCAGGACAACAAGAAGGAGGUAAUUGACAAGCCAAAAGGGAAACAAAGGGUUGUUAAAAAGAUACCUCCUGCUGUUAUCAAGCAGGCUAAGGGCUUGGCAAUAUUUACUGCGAUGAGAACUGGCCUUUGGUUCAGUGGAUCUGGAGGUGGUGGAAUUCUUGUCGCCAGGAUAAAGGAAACGGGAGAGUGGAGUCCUCCUUCAGGAAUCAUGAUGCAUACUGUUGGGCUUGGGUUUCUGGCUGGUGUGGAUAUCUACGAUUGUGUGGUUGUCAUAAAUACUUACGAGGCGCUAGAGGCUUUCAAAGCGGUACGACGUACGCUGGGUGGGGAGCUCAGUCCAGUUGCUGGUCCGUUUGGUAUAGGAGGUGCAGUGGAAUCUGAGGUACACAAGCGACGGGCUCCGGUGUGGACCUAUCUGAAGAGUCGGGGUGUGUAUGCGGGAGUUCAAAUGGAUGAGACGAUCGUAAUCGAGAGGACCGAUGAAAACGAGCGUUUCUAUGGUGAACGAAUCCGCGUGGCUGACAUUUUGGCGGGCAAAGCAAAGAAUCCACCGGCCUCGAUAGGAACAUUAAUAGAGACGAUAAAGGCGGCUCAAGGUGAUGCAGAUGUGGAUGAGACAAUGCUUCCUCCUCCGGGAGAAGCUCCCGGAGAUGCUGAUAUCGAAACCGAUCUGUUUGGUGUCCCCCCACCUGACGACCCGGAUCCGUUUGGGGUUAAAGCACUAGAAAGGGAGGGCGUUAUAAUUCGAGAAGCCGGAACGAACCGCAUACCCAGUGACGACAUGUUUGAAUUCCGGCCCAGCCCAACGAGCCCGCUAUAUAACCGUUUGUCGCGAUUCAGUAUGGAGAGUUCUCAAAGGGCGAGUUGGCGGACCAGCGUCCAGAGCACUGCAAGCGCUGACAGAGCCACCCAGACAGAUGAUUUCAUCGACGACCAACCCCCAACCGUCCCAAUAUCGACGAGUCGGUCUUCUUCAGAUAAUCUCCAUAUCUCGGACAGGGAUAACUCCACUAGAACCCAAUGCACAACGCCUUUGCAAGAAAACACCACCUCCAUAACGCGAGGAUCCCUCGUUAUCCAGGAUCAAUCUCUCCCUGGGGACGCGAGCCAAGCUCGCCCUACCAGCCCGACUUUCACCCGUGCUCGCCUCGUUACCAUUGCCAAACCCAUACCUCCCCCGUUGCCGCCUCGGAAUACUGCCCGUAUCUCGCUAGUCAGCGGGUCUAGUUCUAGGACAUCAGAAAGAGAAGCAGAAUCCCAAAUUGAAAGAUAUGAGGAUGUUGAUAAAGAUGAAGUACAUGGCAACAGCAAUGAUGAUGGCAAAGGUACGAAACCUAGCUCCGUUGGAGAGGGAGCAUCAAGUGUAGACGGUGACUCCUUGAAUAAAUGUGAUUCGAUUCAAGAUACAUUUAAGAAACCUGCAAUUACCAAAGAAAUAAAAUGCGCAGAGCAAGAAGAAUCGUCCACCAAGGAAGGUAUUCAGUUGGAAGACGUAUUACAAGAAAGCACAUUCGCAGAGGAAGACUCGGAUAAAAAUUUGACAGAGAUGCAGACUAAAGAAGAGGACACAGUCGAGGAUGCAUCCCUAAAAGGUGCGGAGCCCAUAGUAGAGGAACGAUCUGGUGGGGGAACCGAAUCCACAGACGAAGCUGAAUUUGGUACACCUACAGAGCAGCCGCAACAAGAGGGGUCUUUGGAUGAGGACAAGGAGGAAUUCCAUUCAAUUUCGACGUCUCCUACUCCUCCAAAAACGAGAAAGAAGCCCCGGAAUAGAAAAAAGCGCUAGGCUUAGUAGAAAUGAAGAGUUGCUGGGGAUAUGAUGAAACGGUUUGGUGGUUUGAGCGCUGUCUUUUUGCUUUGGAGAAGUAGCAGUCGGCACAUCUCUAUUCGGCAGAGCUUUCACCUUCCUCGUACUGUUCUCAUUUAGAGCCAGAUUGUUUGUGUAUAUGUAUGUACAUAUAUAUGUAUUUAUGUUUCCUGAGCGUCUUCUCUUCUCAGAGUAGUCCUGAGUUCAGCGAUAUAGGUUUACUGUGUAAGUAUGCUUUUUCUCUCUCCAGUUGUAAGGACGCCAUCAAAGCUGUUGAAUCGAAGGCAUGAUUGGAGUCAAAAAGUCUUUCUGGUGGUCACAGAGGCCCGAAGGCUUCCCCGGUUUUCCAGCGUCAUCUUGUUCAAGGAACAUAGUGAGAUAUGAUAAGCCUAAGAAGAAAAUUUCAGGCCACAGCGCCGGAUGACGGACCAAUUUCAGGAUAACUGGUGAGGGAAUGGAUUUUACUUUCCACGACGUAGAGAAGAUUGAAUAUAGAAACCAUAGUUUAGAACUAUUUGAUGUCGUGGUGGGUUUUUCCUUAGGCAGACAUCGAGCUCUGCCCGGCGCGAUAUCACGUGGAUCCACAUUGGCCCUGAAGAUCACGUGAAGCUCAACCAAUCGCGGCGCGUUGUUGCCUUGUCGUUUCAGCCUCUAGAUAGUAACGUAACUGGAAAAACAUCUCGACUCUGGUCGGUCGUGUUUGC